AUGCUGAGCCGUACAUUCUUUUCUCUUUUGACUCUGGCUCUGUUGGCGUCGGUAGUGUUGGCGCGUGUUAGCAACGAUGCCGAUCUUGCGCGUGAGCACGCGGAGACAAUGAAGCAGGGCCCCGGCUUCACGGUGCGCCACAUGAGCCGCCGUCGCCGUGCGGAGGACGCGGGCUUGGAGACCCGCGCGCCUUCUGGCCUGCGCUUUGAUUAUGGCAACCGAAAGGUCCGUGGUGUCAGUGUGGGUGGUUGGCUUGUGAUUGAGGACUUUAUCACCCCUUCGAUCUACCAGCAGGCCGACGACAACCGUGUGAUUGACGAGUGGUCGUUUGGCAAGUACGUGCCCCACGACAAGGCUGUGAGCAUUCUGCGCGACCACUACGACAACUUUAUCACGGAGGAUGACUUUGCGGAGAUUGCGUCUCUGGGUUUGAACCACGUCCGUGUGCCGUUCCCGUACUGGGGUAUCAAGACGUACGGCAACGACCCGUAUGUCAAGGUGAACCAGUACAGCAAGCUGAAGCAGGCUGCGCACUGGGCCCAGAACCACAACCUGAAGAUGAUCAUUGAGCUGCACACUGUGCCGGGUGGUGCGAACCCGUACGACCAUGGUGGCCACACGAACCACUCGCACUGGCUUACGAACGGCAACGACCAGAACAACUGGCUUGAGAUUCUUGACAUUCUGGCUGGCGAGUUUAGCCAGGACAAGUACCCUGCUGUGACUGGUAUUUCGGUCGUGAACGAGCCGAACGGUGACCGUGACCAGGUCUACGGCCUGUACAAGCGCGGCUACAACGCGGUGCGCAACAGCCAGUCGGACUCGGAGCUGCUUGUGAUCAUUGGCGAUGCGUUCCAGAACCCGGCGUACAACGACUACUGGUCGAACAAGUUCAACCCGCCGAAGUACCAGGAUGUGAUGAUCGACACGCACGUUUACCGCCUGUUCGACCCUGGCUCGAUUGCCCUGUCGCAAGACGACCGCAUCAAGUGGUACUGUGGUCUGAAGUCGGGCCUUGCCAACGCCAACCACCAUCUAUACAUGCUCAUUGGUGAGUGGUCGCCUGUGUUCACCGACUGUGCGCACGGUCUGAACGGUCGCUGGCAGGGUCACCGCUACGACGGUACGUUCCCUGGCUCGACGCGUCGUGGCAGCUGCAAUGGCCGUACUGGCAACGCGAAGAACUUUUCGGAUGGAUUCAAGGCCAACCUGAAGCGCAACUGGGAGGCGCAGGUGGACGCCUACGAGGGUGGUGUCGGCUGGAUCAUGUGGACCUGGAAGACGGAGAACCACAACGCCGAUGAAUGGAGCUACCGCGCGGGUGUGCAGAACGGCUGGAUCCCCCGUGACCCGACGCAGCGCGACUUUUCGUGCGACCAGGUGAACUAA